GAGUGCAUUUUUAAAAUGCUAGUUACGGUCACACUGAUUCCGCGCCUGCACGUGUGAAUUUGUAACCAGUUGAUUUUUUAGAAAUAUUGCAGAAAUGGGAAAGAAGCAGGGCGACGAAAUACCCGGCUUCCCAUCGUUGGACCAAAGUGGGAGCAGUAAUAGCCGUGGCAACGAUGACAUACUCAAAAGUAAACCCAAGUCGAAGAAAAGCGGAGGCUUUCAGUCCAUGGGCCUGGGAUUUGAUUUGAUCAAGGGCAUCACAAAACGUGGUUACAAAGUGCCCACACCCAUUCAGCGCAAAACUAUACCGUUGAUCCUAGAGGGUCGCGAUGUUGUGGCUAUGGCCAAAACAGGUUCCGGCAAAACAGCCUGUUUUCUGAUUCCCCUCUUCGAGAAGCUGCAGCGUCGUGAGCCCACAAAGGGAGCACGUGCCUUGAUAUUGUCGCCCACUCGUGAGUUGGCUGUGCAGACAUACAAGUUCAUCAAGGAGCUGGGUCGCUUCAUGGAGCUAAAGACAAUUUUGGUGCUGGGUGGUGAUUCGAUGGAUUCACAAUUCUCAGCCAUACACACAUGCCCGGAUGUGAUUGUGGCGACGCCGGGUCGCUUCCUGCACUUGUGUGUCGAAAUGGACUUGAAGCUGAAUUCAAUUGAAUAUGUGGUCUUUGAUGAGGCGGAUCGUCUGUUUGAAAUGGGUUUCGGCGAGCAAUUGAAUGAAACGCUGCAUCGUCUGCCUGCCUCAAGGCAAAUGGUCAUGUUCUCAGCCACAUUGCCCAAGCAGCUGGUGGAAUUUGCACGCGCUGGUCUCAGUGAUCCGGUGCUAAUACGUCUCGAUGUGGAGUCCAAACUGCCCGAUGCUCUGGCUCUCAAGUUUCUCUACUGUCGUCCCGAUGAUCGCUAUACAGCGUUGGUAGUGCUGCUCAAGUAUGUGAUACCCAAGGAGGCACAAACUGUGGUCUUUGCCGGCACCCAACAUCACGUAGAGCUGAUUGCAUUUAUACUUGGUGAAGCUGGUAUUUCCAAUACUUCAGUGUACUCCAGCUUAGAUCCUUCGGCACGUAAAAUCAACACUGCAAAGUUUGCCAGCAAAAAGGUUUCCGUCUUGAUUGUCACAGAUGUAGCUGCACGUGGUAUUGACAUACCCAGCUUGGAUUAUGUGGUCAAUCUUCACUUUCCGGGCGUACCCAAGUUGUUUGUCCACAGAGUCGGUCGUUGUGCCCGUGCUGGUCGCACAGGAACAGCCUAUUCCAUAUUCUCUACAGAUGACACAGCUCAUUUGCUGGAUUUGCAUCUGUUUUUGAAUCGUCCAUUCGACAUCAAUGACAACGCUGCGAUAGGCACCAUACCACAGGAUUUGCUAGAAGAAGAGCAUCUCAGUGUGACGGAGAUCAAGAAGAGUCAUCAUAUUGCUGGUGUCUUACGCACAAGUGAGAAUGCCUACAAGAAGUACUUGAGCUCGCGUCCUGUGGCUUCCACGGAUGCCAAUGCGCGUGUCAAAAAGAUUAAGUUCUUUGCUCUCAAGUCUCUAGAGGAUUUCUUUGAUGCUGCGCCAGCGUUGCAGCAAGCGGCUGAAGUUAGUGGCGAAGAACUCAAUGCCAAGUCAAAGCAAAAGGUGGCUGAAGCUGAGCGCAAGCUGGAAGAGGAGAAGCAUGACAUUUUGGUCAAGAUGCGUAACUUCCGACCGGGUGGCACCAUAUUCGAGUUGAAUACCACACAAAAGUCCACGCCUUUUGUGGUUAUGAAGGAGAAGCGCUCACAGCACGCAGAAGUUAUUGAAAAGUUUCGACUGCAGCGCGAAAAAGAGGAAAUUGAGGAGGCGCAACGCGUAGACGAUGCAGCCAAACCACAGACGACCUCCACAGUUGAUGAUGAAACCAUUAACGAUGCCUUUAAGAAAGUUGUGGCACCCAAGCGACGACAGAACAUGGACUCGCUGUAUGCGGACAAAUCGAAGAAAAAGAAACGCAAAUUGCAAGUCAAGGAUGAGGAGAACUAUAUACCUUAUCAGGCGGCGGAUAAGGCCACCGAAGAUGGUCUCGCCAUCAACUCAUUCGAGCGACAGGCACGCAACGCAGAGUUCACUGUGGUGGAUCGCAGUCGAACGCAGGAGACUCAACACAAACCUGGUCUGAAGAAGUGGGAUCGCAUCAAGAAGAAAAUGGUUUCGGUGCAGGAUCCACGUUCGAACAAAAUUCGCACAGAGUCGGGUGCCUGGAUUCCCGCCUCCUUCAAGACGGGUCGCUACAACGAAUGGAAGGAAAAGUCCAAGAUCGAGGAGCAGUUGCAGCGUGAGAAUGCCGACAGCGACGAUGACAACUUCAAGCCGUUGUCGCAUGCUCAGCGUUAUCCUGUGGGUCGUCAUGCGCGUCACAAUGCUAAGAUGGAGCUGAAGAAACGCAUCAGCAGCAAUGACAAGGAAAUGCGUAGGCCGGAACAAAUUGUCAAGUCUCGCAUGCGUUUGGAGUUCAUUAAGCGGCGCAACGAGGAGAACACAACGAAGAAGGCCGAGAAUCGCAAACGUAGCAUGCGGAAGAACCAAAGGCCAAAGCCGGCGCCACAGAAGAAGGCGGCGGGCGGUGGAGCAAAGAGACGCAAAUAGGCAAGAGAAUUACAAAAUAGUUUACUUACCGAUUGUGUGAACUAAAAUAAAACUG